AUGGCCUUUCCAUACAAAAAGGUCCUCCUAAUCGGAGCCACCAGCGGCAUCGGCCUGGAGCUGGCCGAGCAGCUCGUCCCUCAAGGCGUGCAUGUCAUCGCCGUCGGCCGGCGCCAAGACCGUCUGGACUCAUUUGUCGCAAAAGCUGGUGAAGCAAAGGCUUCGGGGGUGGCCCUGGACAUUGCCGCCAUUGACAAGAUUCCCGCCUUUGCCAAGGGCAUCAUCGACGCCCACCCAGACCUGGACUGCGUGUUCCUGAACGCGGGAGUCCAGUAUGUGAUGGACUUUAGCAAGCCGCAGACGGUGGACCUGGCCAAGAUCCAGCACGAGAUGACGGUCAACUACAUCAGCAUGGUCGCCCUGACGCACGCCUUUGUGCCCUUCUUCCAGGAGAAGGCCGCGAGGGGCGACAAGGUGGCUUUCAUCUACACAACGACGGCUCUCAUGUCCCUCCCCUAUCCGAUGGUGCUGAACUACUCAGCAUCCAAGGCGGCGUUGCAUGCCUUUAUUAUCAGCAUCCGCGAGCAAUUCAAGCACGCCAGGCAGCCGAUUGGCGUGCUGGAAUUGGUGACGCCACUUGUACAGACCGAGCUACACAACGGCCAGCCCGGCUGGGGCCCCGACUUCAACCCUGGGAUGCCCGUGGUGGAUUUUGUCAAGGCAUCGCUGGCCGGCUUUGCCGCGGGGGACGAGACGGUGGCGGUUGGGCAAGCAAAGGCCAUCUUCGACGAAUUCGAGGCCGAAAAGGGCCGCCGUGUCGGGCCUGCGUGGGCGGCCAUCCGCAAGGCCAUGGGCAAAGCUCACACCUUUGACUGA